AUGACUCACAGAUCUCACUGGAUGCAAAAUAGCGUUGAUAAACUCACUGAAAUAUUUGGCAGAAGGGUGAUGGGUAUCCAUAGUCCCACCUCCGGGAUGGUCUUCGACGUCAUCAAAUGCUUAGUUCAAAGGAACUUUUGCUACGCAACCGAGGAUGCGAGAGAAGCCUAUGAGAUAGUCAGAACUUCAAUGCUGGAUAGUAAUGUCACGAAGAUAGUCCUCAUUCUCCACAGUCAGGGGUGCAUAGCAGGAAGUCUUAUGAUCGACUGGCUUACAGCGGAGAUGUCUCUACAUCAGUUGGAAAAGUUAGAGAUCUAUACCUUUGGCAACGCGGCAAACCACUUCAAUGAUCCACACAAGAUGAUUCCAGAUAUAGAAGGAACUGACAGUUCAGAUACUGUGAACUUUGAGAAGAAUUCACAUGGAGCAGUUUCUCAGGAUUCCAACGCACUGCAUACUGCUGAUGGGCAAAUCCAAACGGCGGUAAAUGUUGUGACUGGCGGGCAAUCUCCAGGAUCUUCUCUAACUCCCCCCAAAACACCUAUUCGCCUGAUGCCCUAUAUUGAACAUUAUGUGAACACUGGGGAUUUUGUAUGUCGGUGGGGUGUGAUGCACUUUGCUCAAAUUCCAAACCGUUUCCUCGGACAUGUGCUCUACAAUGAAGCUUGGGGACACUUAUUUAUCCAACAUUAUCUCGAUCGAUGGUUUUUAGGGCCACCCCCCGACCAGGGUGAGCUCCCGGAGGAGGAGUUAGUUCUGGUCGACCCUUCUGAUACUGACGUAGAGAACGAACUGGAAAAAGAGACCUUCAGAUUCUCCCGUCUGUGGAGGUAUCGAGGCGGUGAUUCACCGGCCAACUGA